AUGCUUCUCUUUCAACAGACAAAGCUUCUCAACAAGAAAUUACUGCUGCUCGUUGCGGCGGGGAGCCUGGUAUUCUUUACUGCGCUUUUAUUUACCCUCCAUCGACCCGGCUACUGGAGAAACUCCCGGACUGCUGGCCCUUAUACUCAACAAAAGGACGUUGACAAUCUGAAUGAUGUGUUCAAUUCUACUCUCGGAUUUGAGCGAAUAUAUGUUGUUAACCUCCCCUCACGGACUGACCGGCGUGAUGCCAUUGUGCUGCUGGCUGCUGUCAGCGGCAUCAAACUCCAUUGGGUUGACGGUAUUAGGGGGGAGAACGUUGUGGAUAAGGCCUUACCACCACCUGCAACACACCAGUACUUCAAGGCUGCAAAUAUUGGGAGCUGGAGGGGUCAUCUCGAUGCACUUUCAGAUGAACCUAGUAUUGUGGAAAACAAUAUAAAUACUGCCCUGAUAUUUGAGGAUGAUGCAGAUUGGGAUAUACGCAUCAAAUCACAGCUUAGGGAUUUUGCACUUGCCUCCAGGGCUCUGGUCCAGCCCCUUUCAGGGGGAGAGCAUCUUGCGUAUGCGGACCCAACCUUCCUUGAUCCUAGAAAUUCUCCAGGAGCGCUGAAAGAAAUCCAUAUAAACAACGAUACUAUCCCGCCUGUGAAUUCUCCCUAUGGAGAUAAUUGGGAUAUACUGUGGCCAGGCCAUUGUGGAGUAAAUUUUCCAGACCCUGCUCUUCGGGAUGUUGGAAAGGAUAUACCUAAGGGUCGAGUUAUCCAAAGAAAUGACCCCACGGUCCCCGAACAGAAGCAUCUCGUGCUCUUCCCGGGAAAUGAAGAGUUUAAAACAGUAUUUCCACCGCAUACAAGGGUGUUCCACCACGCAAUGACGCCCGUUUGCUCCCUUGUGUACGGCGUGACCCAGAAAUCGGCACGGAGACUCCUAUAUGAAUUUGGCGUGAAGAAGUUCAAUGCCCCUUACGAUCUUAUGCUCCGGGAUGCAUGUGAGGGUAUCCAAGGCCGUGUCAGAAAUAUUUGUGUGACAGUGCAGCCGCAACUGUUUAACCAUCACCGUCCAGCAGGGAAUGGUAGCCAUCUCAGUGACAUCGCAGUGCAUAAAGGUGAGAUGAUCGAACAGGCCUCUACUCAAAUGAUCCGAUGGAGCACGAGUUUGAAUCUCCCAAAACUUAUCUCGGGCGAUACAAACUAUGAUGAGCAGUAUCCGGAUAGCAACUAG